AUGUCCUCUCAUUCCGAAGAUACCACUGCCGCACAUUUGCCCCCACUGGCGGCUGAAGUCAGGAACUCUCGCCUAUCAGGCCUUAGGGUGCCCGAGAUACCUCUACCAGGUCCGCAAGGGGCGCUCAUGGUCGUCCUACUGACAUACAACGGGUCCCCAUUCAAAGACCACUGGGCGUACUUUGUCGAAUCUCGAGAAGACCCAAAAGUCGGAGUGAUGAUACAAGCGAACGGAGAUGUGUUGAAUGGGUUUUCAAUCGAUAUUGAGCGCAAUUAUGACUUGCGAUCUGCCGAUAAACAGCCAACUGCGAGGAUUCCCCUCCAAUGGGUGGGCGAAGAGCAUUUUGAUGAAAAGGCAAUGUUCGAUAAUGGUCAAAACACUGUUGAUCAAAUUCCUCACUGUCGCUUUGAGGAGAGUGUUUGCGAAGUAAAGGCUCCCGGUAAAAGCUUGAAUGCUGUCAUUGAAACGUUGACUCCCGGCAAGAAGAUAGUACAGCGCAACUGUCAAACAUGGAUCGUCGAAUCUGCCGAGCAACUUCUAAAAAAUAACAUAUUAAAUGAGGAAGUUAUUGCUUACCUGCACGCGGCUAAGCAAUAG